CUUAUGAAUAGCAAAUUUAUUAUUUUGUAGAAUACCAUAAACAUUUGAGCUCCAUCCAUUUUUUUUGUUUUCUCUCAGAGCUUUAAAGUCUAAUAGUUGUGGACUAUAUUACUUAGCGGAAGCGUAGAGUUUUGGUUCGGGGUGUUCGGCUACUGAAUGAGUGCAGCACUGAAUUCGGGUGAUAUCAACGUAAGCCGGCGAGACGCCUUUCAUUGUACAUCGUAUUUUGCUUUUGAGAGCUUUUUGGGCACUUUUAAUACAAGACAACAUUCAUUCCUCCUCGUGUCCCCUUCCCCUUUCCUUUUCUCCGGACACCUGAAACACAAAAAGCCUCAAGAAUGGCUCAGAUACUGCCGAUACGAUUUCAGGAACAUCUGCAGCUGCAGAACCUGGGGGUGAAUCCGGCCAACAUCGGGUUCAGCUACCUGACCAUGGAGUCUGACAAGUUCAUCUGCAUCCGGGAGAAGGUGGGUGAGCAAAACCAGGUGGUGAUCAUAGACAUGGCUGACCCCAAUAACCCCAGCAGGCGACCCAUUUCCGCUGACAGCGCCAUCAUGAACCCUACAAGCAAGGUCAUUGCCCUGAAAGAGGACGCUGCUAAGUGCCUGCAGAUCUUCAACAUUGAGAUGAAGAGUAAGAUGAAGGCUCACACCAUGACAGAGGAUGUCAUGUUCUGGAAGUGGAUCUCUGUCAACACUGUCGCCUUGGUGACUGAAGCGGCCGUCUACCAUUGGAGCAUGGAGGGGGACUCUCAGCCAAUCAAAGUGUUUGAUCGGCACGCCAGUCUGGCUGGUUGCCAGAUCAUAAACUACAGAACAGACGAACAGCAGAAGUGGCUUCUGCUUAUCGGGAUCUCGGCACAGCAAAACCGUGUGGUGGGGGCCAUGCAGCUGUACUCCGUGGACAGGAAGGUGUCCCAGCCCAUCGAGGGACAUGCUGCAGCCUUCGGAGAGUUUAAGGUGGAGGGCAACACCAAAGCCUCUACUCUCUUCUGCUUUGCUGUGCGCAGCCAGGCUGGUGGCAAGAUGCAUAUCAUAGAGGUGGGUCAUCCGGCUACAGGGAACCAGCCAUUUACCAAGAAGGCGGUUGAUGUGUUCUUCCCUCCCGAGGCGCAGACAGACUUCCCCGUCGCCAUGCAGAUUGGCACUAAGCAUGGCGUGAUCUACCUGAUCACUAAGUAUGGCUACAUCCACCUGUAUGAUCUGGAGUCAGGAGUGUGUAUCUAUAUGAACCGCAUCAGCGCUGAGACCAUCUUCGUCACUGCCCCCCACGAACCCACCUCCGGCAUCAUUGGGGUUAACAAGAAGGGACAGGUGUUGUCAGUGUGUGUGGAGGAGGAGAACAUAGUGAACUAUGCCACCAACGUGCUGCAGAACCCAGACCUGGGCCUGAGGAUGGCCAUGCGUUCUAACCUGGCCGGAGCAGAUGAGUUGUUUGCCAGGAAGUUCAACACGCUGUUCGCCCAGGGCUCCUACUCCGAGGCUGCCAAGGUGGCUGCCUCCACACCAAAGGGUAUCCUGCGUACAGCGGAGACCAUCCGUAAAUUCCAGAGUGUGCCAGGCCAGCCAGGCCAGGCCUCUCCCCUGCUUCAGUACUUUGGCAUCCUGCUGGACGAAGGCCAGCUCAACAAGUUUGAGUCUCUGGAGCUGUGCAGGCCCGUGCUACAGCAGGGACGCAAGCAGCUGCUGGAGAAGUGGCUGAAAGAGGACAAGCUGGAGUGUUGUGAGGAGCUUGGUGACCUGGUUAAGGCAGUAGAUCCUACUCUGGCCCUCAGCGUCUACCUCAGGGCCAACGUACCCAGCAAGGUGAUCCAGUGCUUCGCUGAGACCGGACAGUUCCAGAAGAUAGUGCUUUACGCCAAGAAGGUGGGCUACUCUCCAGACUGGGUGUUUCUGUUGAGGAAUGUGAUGCGGGUCAGCCCAGACCAGGGUCUACAGUUCUCUCAGAUGCUGGUUGCAGAUGAGGAGCCCCUGGCCAACAUCAACCAGAUAGUGGAUGUGUUCAUGGAGGGCAGUCUGAUCCAGCAGUGCACCUCAUUCCUAUUGGACGCUCUGAAGAACAACCAGCCAGCCGAGGGACACCUACAGACACGCCUCCUGGAAAUGAACCUCCUCCAUGCUCCCCAGGUGGCUGAUGCAAUCCUGGGAAACCAGAUGUUUACUCACUAUGACCGAGCCCACAUCGCCCAGCUGUGUGAGAAGGCUGGGCUGCUGCAGAGGGCUCUAGAACACUACACUGACCUGUUCGACAUCAAAAGGACUCUCGUACACACACACCUGCUCAACCCUGAGUGGCUGGUGAACUUCUUUGGCGCCCUGUCAGUAGAGGACUCUAUAGAGUGUCUUCGGGCCAUGUUAUCAGCCAACAUCCGACAGAACCUUCAGCUGUGUGUCCAGGUGGCGUCUAAAUACCAUGAGCAGCUGGGAACAAAUGCCCUGGUGGAUCUCUUCGAGUCCUUCAAGAGCUUUGAGGGUGUGUUCUACUUCCUGGGUUCCAUAGUGAACUUCAGCCAGGACCCUGACGUCCAUUUUAAAUACAUCCAGGCGGCCUGUAAGACCGGACAGAUCAAGGAGGUGGAUCGCAUCUGUAGAGAGAGCAACUGUUAUGACCCGGACAGGGUCAAGAACUUCCUCAAGGAGGCUAAACUGACAGACCAGCUGCCUCUGAUCAUAGUGUGUGACCGCUUUGACUUUGUCCAUGACCUGGUUCUCUACCUCUACCGCAACACUCUGCAGAAGUACAUUGAGAUCUAUGUUCAAAAGGUCAACCCUAGCCGGCUGCCGGUGGUGAUAGGAGGUCUGUUGGAUGUAGACUGUGCUGAAGAUGUCAUUAAGAACCUGAUCAUGGUGGUGAGAGGACAGUUCUCCACAGACGAGCUGGUGGCAGAGGUGGAGAAGAGGAACAGACUGAAGCUGUUGUUGCCGUGGCUGGAGUCUCGUAUCCACGAGGGCUGUGAGGAGCCGGCUACCCACAAUGCCUUGGCUAAGAUCUACAUAGACAGUAACAACAACCCGGAGCGCUUCCUGAAGGAGAACACCUUCUACGACAGCACUGUAGUGGGGAAGUAUUGUGAGAAGAGAGACCCCCACCUCGCCUGUGUCGCCUACGAGAGGGGCCAGUGUGACCUGGACCUUAUCAAGGUGUGCAAUGAGAACUCCCUGUUCAAGAGUGAGGCUCGCUACCUGGUCAGACGGAAAGACCCAGAACUAUGGGCCAAUGUUCUAGAGGAGAACAACCCUUUUAGACGCCAACUCAUAGACCAGGUGGUGCAGACAGCUCUAUCAGAGACCCAGGACCCAGAGGAGGUGUCGGUGACAGUCAAGGCCUUUAUGACAGCUGACCUGCCCAAUGAGCUCAUUGAACUACUGGAGAAGAUCGUACUGGACAACUCAGUCUUCAGCGAGCACCGAAACCUCCAGAACCUGUUGAUUCUGACGGCCAUCAAGGCAGACCGGACGCGUGUGAUGGAGUACAUCAACCGCCUAGACAACUACGACGCCCCAGAUAUCGCUAACAUCGCCAUCAGCAACGAGCUCUUCGAGGAGGCCUUCGCCAUCUUCAAAAAGUUUGACGUCAACACCUCUGCCAUUCAGGUUCUGAUCGAGCAUAUCAGUAACCUGGACAGAGCCUAUGAGUUUGCAGAGCGUUGUAAUGAGGCUGCUGUAUGGAGUCAGCUGGCCAGAGCCCAGCUCCAGAGAGACCUGGUUAAAGAGGCCAUCGACUCCUACAUCAAAGCUGACGACCCGUCAGCCUACAUGGAGGUGGUCAGCGCGGCCAGCAAGAACAAUAACUGGGAGGAUCUGGUGAAGUUCCUUCAGAUGGCUCGUAAGAAGGCCCGGGAGUCGUACGUAGAGACAGAACUCAUCUUUGCUCUGGCUAAAACUGGCAGACUGGCCGAACUAGAUGAGUUUGUUAGCGGCCCUAACAAUGCCCAUAUACAACAGGUGGGAGAUAGGUGUUUUGAGGAGGGCAUGAAUGAUGCUGCUAAGCUGCUGUAUAAUAAUGUGUCCAACUUUGCCCGCCUGGCGUCCACGCUGGUACACCUAGGAGAGUACCAGGCUGCUGUGGACAGCGCCAGGAAAGCCAACAGCACACGCACCUGGAAGGAGGUGUGUUUUGCGUGUGUGGCUGGGGAGGAGUUUCGGUUGGCUCAGAUCUGUGGUCUUCACAUCGUCAUCCACGCUGAUGAACUGGAGGAGCUCAUCAGUGACUAUCAGGACCGGGGCUACUAUGAGGAGCUGAUAGCCCUGUUGGAGGCAGCAUUGGGUUUGGAGCGUGCUCACAUGGGCAUGUUCACAGAGCUGGCCAUCCUCUACUCCAAAUUCAAACCCCAGAAGAUGAGAGAACAUCUGGAACUCUUCUGGUCCCGUGUCAACAUCCCUAAGGUGCUGCGAGCGGCGGAGCAGUCCCACCUGUGGGCGGAGCUAGUGUUUCUGUAUGAUAAAUACGAGGAGUAUGACAAUGCUGUCCUCACGAUGAUGUCACACCCUACUGACGCAUGGAAGGAGGUGCAGUUCAAGGACAUCAUCGCCAAGGUGGCCAAUGUGGAGCUGUACCACAAAUCCCUUUCCUUUUACCUGGAUUACAAACCUCUGCUGUCAAACGACCUUCUGACCAUAUUGUCACCACGGUUAGACCACAGCCGGGCGGUCACAUACUUCACCAAGAUGAAGCAGUUGAAGUUGGUAAAGCCUUACCUGCGGUCAGUCCAGAGUCACAACAACAAGGGAGUCAACGAGGCCCUCAAUAACCUACUGACAGAGGAGGAGGACUACCAGGGUCUGAGGGCAUCGAUCGACGCCUAUGGUAACUUUGACACCGUUGUUCUGGCCCAGAGACUGGAGAAGCAUGAGUUGAUUGAGUUCAGACGCAUAGCAGCAUACCUCUACAAAGGCAACAACCGCUGGAGACAGAGCGUGGAACUCUGCAAGAAGGACAAAUUAUACAAGGAUGCAAUGCUGUAUGCUGCCGAGUCUAAGGAUGCAGAGCUGGCUGAGACCCUGCUGCAGUGGUUCCUGGAGGAGGGCAGGAAGGAGUGUUUCGCUGCCUGUCUGUUUGCCUCCUAUGACCUGCUGCACCCUGACGUGGUGCUGGAGCUGGCCUGGAGACACAACAUCAUGGACUUUGCCAUGCCAUACUUCAUCCAGGUCAUGAGGGAGUAUCUCACCAAGGUGGACAAACUGGAGGAGUCAGAAAGCCAAAGGAAGACUGAGGAAAAAGUCACAGAACCCACCCCCAUAGUGUUUGGUCAACAGCUGAUGUUGACGGCAGGUUCCGCUCCAGUGGCUCCCCAGCCAGGAUAUCCAGGAGGCUAUGGAUACGCUGCUCCAGGCUACCCCACCCAGCCCCCCUACAGCUACAACAUGUAGACCACCUCUACCCCACCCAGCCCUCCUACAGCUACAACAUGUAGACCACCUCUACCCCACCCAGCCCCCCUACAGCUACAACAUGUAGACCACCUCUACCCCACCCAGCCCUCCUACAGCUACAACAUGUAGACCACCUCUACCCCACCCAGCCCUCCUACAGCUACAACAUGUAGACCACCUCUACCCCACCCAGCCCUCCUACAGCUACAACAUGUAGACCACCUCUACCCCACCCAGCCCUCCUACAGCUACAACAUGUAGACCACCUCUACCCCACCCAGCCCCCCUACAGCUACAACAUGUAGACCACCUCUACCCCACCCAGCCCUCCUACAGCUACAACAUGUAGACCACCUCUACCCCACCCAGCCCCCCUACAGCUACAACAUGUAGACCACCUCUACCCCACCCAGCCCUCCUACAGCAGCUACAACAUGUAGACCACCUCUACCCCACCCAGCCCCCCUACAGCAGCUACAACAUGUAGACCACCUCUACCCCACCCAGCCCUCCUACAGCAGCUACAACAUGUAGACCGCCUCUACCCCACCCAGCCCUCCUACAGCAGCUACAACAUGUAGACCGCCUCUACCCCACCCAGCCCUCCUACAGCAGCUACAACAUGUAGACCACCUCUACCCCACCCAGCCCUCCUACAGCAGCUACAACAUGUAGACCACCUCUACCCCACCCAGCCCUCCUACAGCUACAACAUGUAGACCACCUCUACCCAGCCAGCCCUCCUACAGCUACAACAUGUAGACCACCUCUACCCCACCCAGCCCCCUUAUGGCUUCACCAUCGGUCCAUGCAUCUCAAAUGGAACCCUAUUCCCUGUUUUGUGCACUACUUUUGACCAGGGCCAAUAGUGCUCCAGUCAGAAGUAGUGCACUAUAUAGGCUAUAAGGUGUCCAUUUGGGUUGCAGAUCAUGUAUAGCAUAAGGUCCCAGUAACCCCACAUCCCAACCCCUCUUACCCAACCUGAAUCACGGGGAUCAAAUACAUUACAGAUGCAGCUUGCUUAUGGAUUCCCUGCCUUGAAACCCCUGAUACACAAUCUCUCUACUCUGAGAUACACCUAGUCCACCUCUGGACACUCCAAACCUCAACUCCACCACCACCAUACCCAACGCUCUCAACCGAAAAGACCUCCACUUUGCUCCCAUCUCCUCUCACUCCCCACCUCCUCUUGCUCCCCCUCCCUCUCCAAUGGACUAGAGCAAGGCUAACUGACCCCUCUACUUAGGCUGGCCUGACCAGCCCCCCCCAUUCACCACUGCACAGCAUGGCGACAGCUCUUAGCUCCUAGAGAAAAUAGCUAACAGAUAAAUAGCUAACAGAUAAAAGCUAACGUACAGUACACCACUCUGUCCAGGUAUAUUCUAUCACUGUUCCAUGGACUGUAUCAACCAUAGAGCAGCUUUUUAAAUAUUUGUUUUUCUAGAGAUGAUAAUAGAGUACUGGUAGUGAAGACUUUGUUACUGAGGAGCCAGAGAGGGAGUGGGUGAGGGGCUCAUCACGGAGUGCCCCGCCCUCUGAGCACAGCUAGGCCUUGUACAGGUGUCAACUUUUUCAAGUUUGUUUCACGACUGUCUCCUACGCUUGUUUCACGACUGUCUCCUACGCUUGUUUCACGACUGUCUCCUACGCUUGUUUCACGACUGUCUCCUACGCUUGUUUCACGACUGUCUCCUACGCUUGUUUCACGACUGUCUCCUACGCUUGUUUCACGACUGUCUCCUACGCUUGUUUCACGACUGUCUCCUACGCUUGUUUCACGACUGUCUCCUACGCUUGUUUCACGACUGUCUCCUACGCUUGUUUCACGACUGUCUCCAACGCUUGUUUCACGACCGUUUCUGUUCAAUAGUUUUUGUUUGUCCAUCUGAACAGGUACUAUGUGUUGAAGCUGCAACACUAUACAGUACUAUGGACUCGGAACACUAGUUAUUGGGAUUAUGGUGUACUUACUGUGUGUAGUUUAUCAAGCAUGUAGGGAUCUGUUGACAACACCAAGACUGGGAAGGUUUUUAUUGAUUCUCCUCUCCAAUGCUCUUGUGCUAGCUGAUAAUAUCCAGGUCAAUGUGGACGUUUGGGUCUCUCCACUUAACACUGUGAUGUAUGGUACACGAUCCCACAGCUCUGGAGUUGAUGUGAAACAUAACUGCUAUAUGCUGACGUCUGUGCAUGUGCUGCCAAACAUAUAAUGCUGUAACAAUGCAACCAGGAGCACAAUUUCCAUGUUAUGCAUUUAAUAACAAGUAUUACCUAUGUUGUGUUCAAAGCUGAACAAAUGUAUUUUGAAGCCUUUUACUGUCCCACCACUGACACCAACUAACAGAAUGGUGAAGAAACUCCUAUAUUACACAAAGGAGAAUAAAAACAUAAGAGGGAAUAGAACUCGUAUAUAUCCCUGUGCCAGUGGUCCAGAGUUAUUUAAUGUACUGAGAAAACAUUGUAGAAUUUAAGAUAUGUUGUGAUACUUAAGGAAAGAAGUUCAGUAUGAUGGAAUACCAUACAGUAUUCAUUGUCUAUAGUGUAUUGUUGUAGUUAGUCAUAAACAUGAUACUUUAAAAAAAAAAAAAGACAAUAUACAAAAAGAGCAGAAUACAAACAUUAAACUCUUCAGCAUGAUUGCUUGCAGCAGCCAUCAUUCUGGGGUUUGUUUUCUUCCUGUUCAAGUAGCACGUCUAGUGAGAAUGUUCUGGAAAACUACCGCCACGGUUUAUGGGUAAAUCUGGCCUCAUGCAUCCGGAGCUGUGCCACGACAUUGUACGAAUGUUGGAUUGAGGUUUGUAGAAAACACUGAAAUCUGACCUGUGUACACCCAUUACUCUCUGUUCAAGUCAAGCUUUCUCAAGGAUAAUAAAGUUUACACACAUUA